AUGUUCUCAAACGCACGUUCGGAAACGCUUUUCUUAGGAGGGGAAAAGUUAAGUGGUGACGACAUCCGUAACCAAAAUGUUUUAGCUACUCAAGCUGUUGCAAAUGUUGUGAAAUCAUCAUUAGGACCUGUUGGUUUAGAUAAGAUGUUGGUUGAUGACAUUGGUGAUGUUACGGUCACCAAUGAUGGUGCCACCAUUUUAUCUCUCUUGGAUGUUCAGCAUCCUGCUGGGAAAAUUUUAGUCGAAUUGGCGCAUCAGCAAGAUAGAGAAGUUGGCGAUGGCACGACAUCUGUUGUUAUAAUUGCCUCCGAGUUACUAAAAAGAGCUAAUGAUUUGGUUAAGAAUAAGUUACAUCCAACCACAAUUAUCAGUGGUUAUAGGUUAGCACUGAAGGAGGCUAUUAGAUACAUCAACGAAGUAUUGAGUCAACCUGUUGAAACACUAGGCAAGGAAACUUUGAUCAAUAUUGCCAAAACUUCAAUGUCUUCUAAGAUCAUAGGUUCAGAUAGCGAUUUUUUUUCUAAAAUGGUAGUGGACACAAUGCUGUCUGUGAAAACCACGAAUAGUGCAGGGGAGGCAAAAUAUCCCGUAAAGGCUGUCAAUAUAUUGAAAGCACACGGUAAAUCUUCUAAGGAAUCGGUUAUGGUUGAUGGCUAUGCGUUGAACUGUACUGUUGCAUCCCAAGCUAUGUUAAAGUCAGUGAAAAAUGCGAAAAUAGCUUGCUUAGAUAUCAACUUACAAAAGACAAGGAUGGCAAUGGGUGUCCAAAUUAAUAUUGAUGAUCCUGAGCAAUUGGAAGAAAUUAGAAAAAGAGAGUAUGGAAUUGUCUUGGAGAGAAUCAGAAUGAUCAUUGCAUCCGGUGCAAAUGUUGUUUUGACUACCAAGGGUAUAGAUGAUUUAUGUUUGAAAGAGUUUGUCGAGAAUAAAGUGAUGGCAGUCAGACGUUGUAAAAAGGAAGAUUUGAAGAGAAUCGCAAGAGCUACAGGUGGCACUCUUAUUAGUAACCUAUCAAAUAUGGAAGGUGAAGAAACAUUUGAAUCUAGUUAUCUAGGUUUUGCUGAUGAAGUUGCACAGGAGAGAUACUCAGAUGAUGAAUGUAUACUCAUAAGAAGACCAAAGAAGCAUUCUGCUGCUUCGAUAAUACUCAGAGGUCCAAACGAUUAUACCUUGGAUGAAAUGGAGAGAUCCAUUCAUGAUUCUCUAUGUGUUGUCAAAAGAACCUUAGAAAGUGGAACUGUAGUUCCAGGAGGUGGAGCUGUUGAAUGUGCAUUGAACAUAUUUUUGGAAAAUUUUGCUACUACUGUUGGAUCUAGAGAGCAACUUGCUAUUGCAGAAUUCGCAGCUGCAUUGUUGGUCAUUCCGAAAACACUUGCUGUUAAUGCGGCAAAGGAUGCAUCCGAUCUCAUAGCAAAACUAAGAUCAUACCACGCGGCAUCGCAACAAGUAUCAGAUGCUGAUGUAAAGAGGAAAAACUAUAAAAACUAUGGACUAGACCUUAUCAAGGGUAAGGUUGUUAAUGAAAUAGCCAGCGGUGUUCUCGAGCCUACGGUUUCCAAAAUAAAGUCUCUCAAAUCUGCUCUUGAAGCAUGUAUUGCUAUCUUGAGAAUUGACACCAUGAUUACUGUCGAUCCAGAACCUCCUAAAGAUGACCCACAUGCUCAUUAG